GAAGACUGAGUUGAAGUCAGUAGCUCAAUCGAAAAGAAAAGAAAAGAAAAGUUGAAUGAUGAUUCUCAUCUUUUCAUCCAUCUCAUCGUCAUCGUCAUCAUCAUCAUCAUCAUCUCACUGCCUUGUUCAUCCCGAAAUUGAUAUCCUCUUUAUCAGGCCGCUUAACUUGGAUGUACCAGUGGCAGUACAACCAUCAGAUACCGUCGAUUCUGUUAUCUAAGCCAUUUCACUCAUCAUCGAUCAUCACAUUCACCACUCUAUCUACGAAAUCUCAACAUUGGCUAGCUUUCAUAUCGGACACUUUUCUCUUUAGCCUUCUCACUCGUUUAUGAUUUUUUUCAAGCCGGUUAGCUUUGAUCCUUAGUUUACCUUAGACUAUAUUCCCAUCAUUGAAGAUAUUUUUGGAUGACUAUAUAUAUGUAGACCAUCUUCCGUUAGCUUGGCUCAUUUCUUUCCCAUUCCACCUGCUUCCUUAUCAUCUCUGUUUGCCAAAAAGGUAAUCAUCAAUUAUUUGAUUUAAUUUUACACUUGCCCUACCGCCCAUCUGCACCAACCUUUGAAGCCCUUUCAGUCUGAAUCUCACCCUUUCAUACCUUUUAAGACUCUUCUUUCAUUCAACCUCCUCAUCGCACUUACAUUCUUACCACUUUAAGAAUCUCAUCUUCUUUUAUUACGGACCUGAACUCAAUAAUUAGAAUUAAAUCAUAACAAGAUCAAGAUGCAAGGAAAACAACGAACAUCAAGUACUCCUUCUUCAAGUUCGAGUGUGCUACCAUCUUUUUGGAAUCGUUGGACUAGAUUAUCUUCUUCUGCUACUAAUUCUCCUCGAACUGAAGCUGGUUCGGCGAAUGGAGAAGAAGGUGUCUUUAACACACCCUUACGAAAAUCUAAUCAACCCAAUCUACAAUCACCUCAAGAUACUGAAUUUAGUGAUGAUGAUGUUAAUAGUUUAUUGAUCACUCCAUCAGACAUCAAUCGAGCAAGUUUUCCAGAACCUAAAAAUACUAAUCAAUCUACACCAUCACAAUCAUCUGGUCUUUAUUCACGUCUUAGACCCUUAAGAGGUGGAAGUCUUUUUAGUUCAUCUCAUAAUCCUACACCUGAAAGUCUUCGAUCAAUUAGAAAACGUCGUGAAGAGGCAGAAGAAGAAGAAGCAAGAAGACCGUAUAGAGGUCAUGGUAGAGAAUCUAGUAUAUUAGCUAGCUUUUUAAAGAACAAUGGAGGUUAUAUGGACGAUUCUGAAUCAGAAGAUGACGAGUUUACUCCUCCACCUAUUCUUCAACGUUUACCACUUACCGGAAGCCGAUUAUCGGUGAAACCCCCUACUACUACUACUACUACUACUACUACUACUACUACUUCAACACCAUCAAGAACAUUAAAUCGAAAUCGAUCAGUACAUACACCAGUUAGAUCUGCUGGUCCAUCUACACCUACUACCAUGGGUAGAAUUCAAAUGAUGACUCCAGUCCCGGCUAGUAAGACAAGAGCUGAAUUGAUUGUAGCUGAAGAGAGAAGAGCUUGGAGAAGAAGAUCAGAAGGGCAAGCUUUGUUUAGAAGUUUAGUUUUAGGUGAAGAUGAUAUAUUAAGAGCCAUUUGAUGAUCUCAUAUUGAUCGUUCUAAUGGAACUUCAAAUCGCGAUUUCAACUUAUCUAGCUUCGGUGUGAUUGUUUAAACUCGAUCCUUCUAAUCAUUCUCAUUUUAAAUCCAGAGACAUCAAAUCACCAAAAACUUCAACUAAUCACAACUCCGAUCAUACGUAUACUGAAAACAAUAAAAAGAAUCGACCAUUGCUUUCAUUCCGCUUGUACACGAUCAAUCUGCUCGGUUUUGUUUUCUUUUUCAUCUUUUUUUAUCUCUCUUCGUUCUUUCAAAUUGUUUAACUUUUCCUUUUUUUCAUUCCUCAAUUUUUGACUACUUUUGUACUAAUCUAAAGAUAUAUAAAGAAACGGACUUGUUUUUUCUUUCCUUUUUAAUGUUUUUUUUAAUUUAUCAUAUCUUACCAAAAAAAAAAUUCAUUCAAUCUUGAAAGAGUUU